GCCCUGAUGGAUGGAGCCAUCCCCAAAUUGCCCUAGCGCUGGUCUGGCUUUUGGGGUGCCACCCUGCGCCCCACAAACACCUUCCUGCCGCUCUGGGGGGUGCGUGGGGGGCAGAGCUGUGGCUGUGGCCGGGGUGGGGCUCGGGAGAUCCCCGGCAGCGAUGCCACACUGGCCGCGGUGGCCACCAGCUCCAUGGCAUCGAUGCCCGUCCUCUGCAGGGUCUUGGGUGGCUCAGGGGGCACAUCCCGGCUGGGGAACAUUCCCAGCGUUCAGCCCCCGAAUCCCGGCGCUGCUGGGGCUGGUGGAAUCCCUCUCUGGGCGAGCGGCCGGGCCCGGUGCCGUUCCCACGCGGCGCCGGGGCCGUGCCGGGCCCGCUCGGAUGGGGAACCGUCGGUGUGGCCGGGAAGGAGGCGUUUCCCGGCCCCACGCUGGCGCCCGGCCAGGCUCCCAAAUGAGACGCCUUGCACCACGGAGCUCCCACUCACACCUCCCCGGUAUAAAACCCCGGCCCGCCGCAGCCCGCGCACACCUGGGACAGCCCGUGCUGCAGCUGCCCCGGACCCCGCGACACAGCAGAGACCCCCGGAGAGACCCCCGGAGAGACCCCCGAGGAGCCGCGAGCAGCAGGAUGGGCCAGUGCAACUGCCGCAAGAAGCGCAAGGACUGCCAGGAGCUGACGGACGUGGAACGGGCCAUCGAGACCGUCAUCAGCCAGUUCCACUGCUACGCCGUGAAGGGGCAGAAGGAGUACCUGACCCCCAACGAGAUGCAGGAGCUGGUGGUGCAGAAGCUGCCGCACCUGGGCAAGUGCGUGGGACCCCUGGAAGAGAAGAUCGAGUGCAUGGGAGACCCUAACGAGGCCAAGCUGGAGUUCGGAGAGUACUGGGACAUGAUGGGGGAUGCGGCCAAGGGCUGCCGGAGGAAGUAGAGGGUGGUGG